AGAGAGAGAAAGAAAGCGCUGCCAUUGUUUCAGCUUUUAGAGAGAGAAAGCUGGGACCACACUCAAUGACGCCAUAUGACGAAAACCCAAUCAAAAGUGUACUCACUACGUUUCAGAUCAAUCAUUCAAUCACUUCUCCCCAAUUCCCUAUAAAUUCCUCUUCUUCUCCUUCCAUUUUUCCUAAUUCCUUUUCCCCCAAAAUACAAAUCCAUUUCCAUUUCCAUUUAUCUCAAUGGCUGAAGAAUUUCAAGAAUAUGAAGUGAUUUUUCAGGAAAAUGCAGGACGUGAAGAGGUUCGAGAAUUAGCUGAUGAUGAAGAAGAGUAUGACUUCCAAGUUCGUCGUAAUAAUAAGGUAUCUAGAAUAAAGAAACUGAAGCGGAAUUCCAAUUCCGUCCCUGUUAACAUUCCCGACGGAAAAUCAUGGUUCAAGUAUUUGGAGAAAAAGUCGGAUUUUUUUGAAGAUGAGUACAGAGAUGACGAAGAAAUGGUGCCGCCUCACGUGAUAACUGGUCGGAGAAUAGCCGGAAAAAUGACGUCAUUUUCCGUUUGUACUGGAUAUGGAAGGACUCUUAAGGGAAGAGAUUUGAGUCAAGUAAGGAAUUCAAUUCUUAGGAUGACUGGUUUUCUGGAAACGUAACUUUAGAGUUGAGUCUUUUCACAUUAGAAGCACAGGAAAUUAAAAGUCAACAAAAAAAAUAAAAAGAGAAAAAAGAUAUUUUUCCUUCUUUUUUUUCUUUUGUACUUCCCAUUUGUGGAAUUCCAAUUCCAUUUCUCAUCAUUGUAAUAUUAGACAAACAAAUAUUGUAUGAAAUUCGAAAAGAAUUCAUCAUUUCCUCAAAGAAAGAAAGGAAAUGAAAGUUCAAAUUUUGAUUAAUUCAAUUUACUUCGAACGGAAUUGUGUUUGGUGUGGAAAAUAAUUGAUGUAUGAUGAAUUGUGUAAAUCCAGGUUGUUAGUUGUGAGUAGGUUUCUGUUAAGAUACUGUUGUUGGAAAUUAUGUUAUGCCAGUGAUUGCACACUGUUUAUGUUUC